AUGCCCCCAGCUUCGAGAGGAUGGAUGAAAACUUUGCGGACAUGGAGCAUAUGUACGAAAUCUUUGCUAUUGCGGCAAUAUGCGACUGCCUCGACAGGCAAUCCGGUUGCACCUCCCCUGAAAAUACGCUUGCGAGAAUAUCAGGAAGAAUGCAUACAAGCGGUGCUUUCUCAUCUGGAUCAGGGUCAUAAGCGCUUGGGAGUCUCCCUGGCGACUGGAAGUGGUAAAACUGUCAUAUUUACCCAACUCAUCGAUCGGGUCCCACCACGGAACAGAGCGGACCAGACUUUGAUUUUGGCACAUAGACAAGAAUUAGUCGAGCAAGCCGCUCGACAUUGUACAAAUGCAUAUCCAACGAAGACAGUCGAGGUUGAGAUGGGGUCUAUGCACGCCAGCGGGUCGGCAGAUAUCACAGUUGCUAGCAUACAGAGCAUCGUUUCUGGAAGCCGAAUAUCGAAGUUCAAGCCGGAUGACUUUAAGCUAGUACUUGUAGACGAAGCACACCAUAUCGUGGCUCCGGGGUACAUGAGGACAUUGGACUAUUUUGGACUAUCUAAAGCCCAACCUAGCUCUCCUGCUCUCGUUGGGGUUUCAGCUACCCUGUCACGGUUUGAUGGGCUACGCUUAGGUGCUGCUAUCGAUCAGAUUGUAUAUCACAAAGACUACGUUGAUAUGAUAGGCGAGAAAUGGCUCUCCGAUGUGAUUUUCACGACUGUUCAAACGAAAGCCGACAUCUCGAGAGUCAAGAAAGGUGUGAAUGGAGACUUCCAGCCAAGCGAGCUGUCUCGCGUAGUCAAUACUGAGCAGAUCAACGACAUCACUGUCCGAAGCUGGUUGUCCAAGGCAGAGGGAAGGAAAUCGACCUUGGUUUUCUGUGUAGAUCUUGAACAUGUCGCAGGCUUGACGAAUGCAUUUCGAAAGCAUGGGCUGGAUGCUCAGUUUGUAACGGGAGACACUCCAAAGUCAGAACGAAGUGCUCGUCUGGAUGCUUUUAGGAGUGGCGAGUUUCCCGUUCUUGUCAACUGUGGCGUAUUUACAGAGGGGACGGAUAUCCCGAAUAUUGACUGUGUAUUGCUGGCACGGCCAACGAAAUCAAGAAAUCUGCUGGUGCAGAUGAUUGGUCGCGGAAUGAGAUUAUACCCUGGCAAGAAGGAUUGUCAUAUCAUUGAUAUGGUGGCAAGUCUCGAGACAGGCAUUGUCACAACUCCAACCUUGUUCGGCCUGGAUCCUGCAGAAACGGUUGAAAGCGCUGGCGUCGAUGACAUGAAGUCGAUGUUAGAUCGUAAGGAGGCAGAAGAAACUCGACAAGAUCUCGUUGCCAAGAGACCAAAGCCGAAGGACGGACCGGCUGUCCCUACGACUGUAACGUUUACGGAUUAUGAUUCUGUCUUCGACCUGAUUGAAGAUACCUCUGGAGAGAGGCAUAUCAGACAGCUUUCUCCAAAUGCUUGGGUCUGUGUUGCCCAGGAUAAGUACAUUCUUACAAAUUCCAACGGCUCUUACAUCAAGUUAGAGGCAGCCGCAGAGCCGAAACCUGGUGAGGAGGCAUAUGUCGUUACGGAGACAGUAGCUUUAGAUCGAACAGGUUUAAAACAACUACCUUUCAUGCGACCUCGUCAAAUCGCAAAAGCCCUCACUUUACCUGACGCCAUCCACGCCGCGGAUACUUUCGCCCAAUCCAAAUACCCUUUUCAAUUUAUCUCCCGGAAUCAGGCUUGGAGGAAUAGACCCGCCACUGAUGGCCAACUUGCCUUCCUGAAUAAGCUCAGGCUUAAAGAUGACAAGUUGACUGCUGAGACCUUGACUAAGGGGAAAGCCGGGGAUAUGAUUACUAAAAUCAAACAUGGUGCUCGUGGAAGAUUUGCGAAUCUCGAGGCGGAGAGGAGGAAAGAAGGAAGAGCAAAGCUCAAAAUUGAGCAGGAGAAGGCGUUGAAGGAAAGGGAGAUUGUUAGUGUUGGGCCUCUUUUGGAUUGA